AUGCCUCAACGCGAGCGUAUUCCCACAUACUGGGGCAAGGACCCCUCUACAAAGGACUCUUCCGCUCCUUCGGUCCAUCUCAAGUGCAACGACUCAACUCUUCCCUUCGAAUUCUCCUUCGAAGCGGUCCGUCCUAAUGUCUUCCGCACAACUUUCACAUCCGCGACUCACCCUACCCCUCCUCAUCCUAGCGUUCCCCGCGCUGAGACAAAACUGGAUGGCGCUCAGCCUAAUGUGACCUCUUCUGAGAAGGGCACCAAGAUCCAGAUUGGUGAUGUCGUUGCCAACGUCGAUUACUCUGGGGAGACUCCUCUUCUUUCAGUUGGCUUUGAAGGAAAGGAUCCUAUUCUUCAGGACCUUCCAAAUCGGUCUUAUACCAUGAACGGCGAUGGUGUCGCUCAUUAUACCAUGUAUAACCGCAAGACUUUCCAUGCUGGUCUUGGAGAGAAGGCUGCACCCAUGGAUCUUUCUGGCCGGCGAUUCCAGCUUUCAGCGACAGACAGUUUCGGAUAUGAUGUCCACCGAACAGACCCUCUCUACAAGAACAUCCCACUUCUAAUCAACGCUACCCCUCAAGGCUGUGUAGCUAUGUUCUCUACCAGCCACACCCGAGGCGAGUACUCUAUCGGUUCUGAGAUGGACGGUAUGUGGGGUUUCUACAAGGUCUACCGUCAGGACUUUGGUGGUCUUGAGGAGUAUAUCAUCACCGGCAAGACUCUGAAGGAUAUUGUUCAGACCUACGCUGAGUUGGCAGGCUAUCCUCUUCUUGUGCCUCGCUGGGCUUUCGGAUAUCUGUCUGGUGGUAUGAAGUACUCUAUGCUUGACAGCCCACCCGCAGGCGAAGCUCUCAUCGAGCUCGCCCAGAAGAUGAAGGACCACGACAUUCCUUGCUCAGCAUACCAAAUGUCCUCCGGAUACACCGUGGCUGAGAAGCCUCCCAAGAACAGACACGUCUUCACAUGGAACAACCACCGAUUCCCUGACCCUCAGGACUGGAUUAAGACAUACCACAAGAUGGGCAUGCGCCUCAUCGCCAACGUGAAGCCUUACCUGACAUCAUCGCACCCCGAGUACGAGAAGCUCAGGGAAGCUGGUGGUUUGUUCGUUGACUCGCAUACCAAGAAGCCCGCUGUCACUAAACUCUGGAGCGCCGGUGGCGGCGAGAGAGAUGAUGGUGGACACAUUGACUUCACUUCUGAGGCUGGUUACAACUGGUGGUACAAUGGUAUCAAGAAGCUUGCGGAGGAGGGUAUCGAUUGUAUGUGGAACGACAACAACGAGUACACUAUUCCCGACGAUGAGUGGGAGUGUGCUCUCAACGUCGGGAAGGACAAGCUCAAUGUCCCCGAAGGUCUCGAGAAGCGUCCUCAGGUUGGUCUUUGGGGUCGCAGCUUGCACACCGAACUCAACGGCAAGGCCUCUCACGAUGCCCUUCUCGCCGUUCACCCCGACUCUCGUCCUUUCGUUCUUACACGCAGUGCAACAGCUGGUACUCUCCGCUACGCAUGCAGUUCAUGGAGCGGUGACAAUACUACUAGCUGGGACAGCAUGCGAGGAUCUACCGCAUUGGGUCUCAAUGCCGGUUUGUCUCUGAUGCAAUGCUACGGACACGACAUUGGCGGUUUCGAAGGUCCCCAGCCUGAUCCGGAGCUGCUACUUCGAUGGAUUCAGCUGGGUAUCUACUCUCCUCGUUUCGCUAUCAACUGUUUCAAGACUGGCAAGGAUAACUCUGUCGGUGAUGUUAUCGAGCCCUGGAUGCAUCCUUCCAUCACACACCUUGUGCGCAAGACUAUCAAGCGUCGUUACGCUAUGAUUCCUUACAUCUACUCUCUCGCUCUCGAAAGCCACAAGACUGCUGCUCCUCCUCAGCGAUGGGUCGGCUGGGGCUACGAAUCUGACCCCGAAGUGUGGAGUCUUCUCGAUGGAGAGGGACAAUACUGGUUCGGUGACUCCAUGCUUAUCGGAUGUGUGUCCCAGCCUGGAGUCAGCAAGGCCAGAGUUUACCUCCCCAAGGCAUCUGAGGACGACGAGGGUUACUUGAACCUCAACGCACCCUACCAAUACCUCGAAGCCGGUCAGUGGGUCAACAUCGAUGCUGAAUGGCACGGUGCCGGUAUUGCUGUCAUCGGCAAGGUCGGCCGCGCUAUCCCCGUUGGUCGAGACGUCCAAGUCCUCUCUCCCGGUGAAAAGGAGAACGUCGCUGACCUUCCUCUCGACGAUUACCGAGCUGUCGAGAUCUUCCCUCCCCAGAAGGCGUCCAAGGGUGGCAGGUGGCAUGAGAACACAUGGUAUGAAGACGAUGGUACCUCGGUGGUUACGAAGAACAAGAUCUCAUCUUAUACUCUGUCUUACACUGCUACGGAGUCUGAGGUCAAGGUCAAGUUCUCUCGGGAUGAGAGCUCUGGCUUCGAGGCACCUUGGAAGACACUUGUUGUUAUUCUGCCGUCUGGUGAUUUGAGGAAGGUUGUUAGCGAGGAUGGAAAGCAGGUCAAGUCGCUGGGAGUUAAUGAUGAGGGUAAAAUGCGAUUCGAGCUUCAGUAG